AUGCAGCAGUAUACAUACAGCGGCCACGUCCACGGAAGCUGGCCAACCCCAAGCAACUCUGCUUACAGUGUCAGCUCAGGCUCGGCACAGCAGCCUGCUCCUCUGCAGACUCCCGGCGGAUCGUCCUAUCCCGUCAAUCCCGCCAACGGCACGCAGCCCCCUCUAGGAACAGGUCCCUACGGCGGGCGAUCAUCAUCAAUGUAUAGCCAGACCGGGUUGCCAUAUGGCAAUCAGCGAAGCUCUCAGUCUCCGGCCACUGGGGGGGAUGGACUUCCAGCUCAACAGUACGAUCACCAUUCGUUCCAAUCCUCUACAGGCCAGGACGGCCACUCUGGGAACUUGAUGGCCCCCCACGUCACACAGGCACCUGGGGCCUCAAACUCCAGCGCCCACGUCGACUCUUAUACGCACAGCAGACCUUCCAUUAGCGGACCGAGCUACUCCUCCUCAUCGGCUCCUCAGCAUCAGUCGAGCUUCCCCUACGCGACCCAACCCGCGCCAGCGGGCCAUUCACCCACCGGAGCGGCAUCACUACCACGAGGCUUGGGAUCCCUCUCGAGUCAGCAGCCUCUCCCGUCUAUGGCGCAUCCGGGCUCCUAUAGGUCCUAUCAACCGUAUCCACCGCUGUCGACGAUGGGUGGGCCUGUCAUGUCGAACAUUCACCAGCCUGGCAGCCAACUUUCGAUGAUACCCGGCAUGGUUCCCGCGGGAUACGGGGCUUCUACCAUGAUGUAUCAACAUCCGCCGCCGCAGCCACAGUCAGAGCGUCCUUUCAAAUGCGAUCAGUGUGUCCAAUCUUUUAGUCGUAAUCACGAUCUAAAGCGGCAUAAAAGAAUCCAUCUUGCCGUCAAGCCAUUCCCAUGCACGUUCUGCUCCAAAAGUUUUUCACGAAAGGAUGCUCUCAAGCGACAUAGAUUGGUCAAAGGCUGCGAGAACAAGAGCCACGAGAAUCAGGUAGCGGUUGAGAAUGGAGGCGGCCGUGGUGGUGAAAAUGAGGACGACGGCAGGAGAAAUUAG